AAACAGUCGCUUUGAGCCGAACAUACACAGAGAGCCCUCACCUCGCAUCACACAAACAGAGAACACAGCUCGCUUCCUCCCUGCAAACAAAAUAAGAACAUAACGAAAAUUAGGGUUUUAAUCCCAACGCCCCUUUCUAUCCCAAUUACCUGUUGAAUUCCCAUGGAAGCCGAGGAAGACGACACCUUGAAGACCUCGCCCGAACCCUCGCUCCCGGACCCGGAGGGUUCUACGGCCCCUGGCCCGCCCCAGCCGGAGCUCGGACCGGCCGCUGCGCAUUGCGAGCCUGAGCCUGCUCCCCAAUCGGAGGACCCCCCGCGCUAUGAUGUGCAGCAGUCCUUGCCCGGUAAAGACGGUGGUGGAAGCUCGGAACUUGGAGGUGAGGAGGUGAUUUGCCAUAGGAGCGAGGCGGCUGCUUGCAUGGACGAGUCUACAGCGACAGCGGAAGGGGAAUUGGUGGCUGAGAAGGAGGACGACGGUGCAGCGCGUGGUGGGGGUGAUGUAGUGGUUGGGGAGAGCUGGACGGUUGUGGCAGCGGCUGCUUCUCCCCAGGGGCAAUCGCCACAGCUAGUGUCUGAGAGGGAUGGUGGCCAUGAGGUUGGGGGAGAGGACAGCGAGGCGGCUGCAGAUGUGACUGUGAGCGAACCUACCGGAGCUGUGGUGGACAACCGGGUGGUUGAAGAGAGAGGUAAGGAGACUGUUGAUGUAGCUGAUAAGGGCGUAGAAGAGGAGACGGAAGAGGGUCAUAUGAAGGAGGUGGAUGACCACAGCGAGCCUGCGACAGAGGAAACGAAGCCAGAGGCAACUGAGGAAAAAGAGCCUCUUCAUUCGGAAGCAGCAGCCGACGGAAUGGAGACUGCCCAUGAGAAGGCUGACAGAGACGGUGCAGAGGCUGUUGAGCAUGUCCCUGAAGUGGCAGAGGUUGCGGGACUGGGUCAAAAGGAGGAGGUUAAGGAGGGAGCUGCGGCAGUAAAUGUUGUUCAUUUAGAGUCUGACGGGCAUGGAGCAUCAGCUUUGAAAGAAUCGGCAGAGGAAAGCACAGAGGCCUCUGGUGCUGUGAAGGACUCGACAGCCACUGACACGGUGGACGUGGAAGCAGCUGAGGAUGAUACGAUGGCAGUGGCCGAGGAGGCUGCUGGGGAAAACAGAAAGGUUGAUGUAGAGAUGAAAAAGACUGAGGAUAAUAUGGUGGGUAGUGGUGAUGAGGCAGACAAGGCUGCGAUGGACAUGGUGGCAGAGGCCGAGGAGGCUGCUAGGGUCAACAGAAAGGUUGAUGAUGAUAUGGUGGACGUGAAGAUGGAAAAGGUUGAGGAUGAUAUGGUGGCUGGUGAGGACAAGGUAGACGAGGCUGCUUUGGACAUGGUGGCAGAGGCCGAGGAGGUUGCUAGGGACAACAGAAAGGUUGACGAUGACAUGGUGGAGGCAGAGAUGAAGACAACUGAGAGUAAUAUGGUUGCUGGCGGUAAUGAGGCACACGGGGGGGUUGCGAUGGACAUGGUGGCAGAGGCUGAGGAGCCUGCUAAGGACAGUAGACAGGUUGAUGAGGUAGAGAAAACGACUGAGAAUAAUAUGGUGUCUCGCAAUGACGAGGCAAAUGAGGCUGCGAUGGACAAUAAGGAGGUCGGCGAGGACGUGGUGGAAGAGGCACACGAUGCUGCGAUGGACAAUAGGGAGGUUGAUGAGAACGUGGAGGAGGAGGAGGCAGAUGAGUCCGCGAUGGACAAGAGGGAGUUUGACGAGGAUGUAGCAGAGGAGGCGGAGGCAGAAGCGGAUGCAGAUGAGGAUAUGGGGGCCCUCCAUGAGGAUACAGAUGCUACGGAAGAAACUGAUGCUACAGAAGAGGCAGAGAAAGCGGAGGAAGUGAGUAGAAGUGGUAUGAAGAGAAAGCGGGGAAGAGCUCCUAAGGCCAGCACUCCGAGGACUCCUUCACGGAAGAAGAUGGAAGAGGAUGUAUGUUUUGUUUGCUUUGAUGGGGGUGAUCUUGUGCUCUGUGAUCGCAGGGGAUGCCCCAAGGCGUAUCAUCCUUCAUGCGUAAACCGCGAUGAGGCUUUCUUUCGCACUAAAGGGCAGUGGAACUGCGGUUGGCACCUUUGCAGCAACUGUGGAAAGAAUGCUUAUUACAUGUGUUAUACAUGUACGUAUUCCCUGUGUAAGACUUGCAUCAGAGGUGGCUCCAUCUCUUGCAUCAGAAGAAACAAGGGAUUCUGCCGGACAUGCAUGAAAACAAUUACAAUGAUUGAAAAUAAUUCGAAGGGAGAUGAUGACAUGGAGCAAGUAGAUUUUGAUGACAAGAGCAGCUGGGAGUAUCUAUUCAAGGAUUACUACCUGGAUCUGAAAGAAAGGUUGUCUCUAACUCCAGAGGAACUUGCAAAGGCUACAAACCUGUGGAAAGGAUCUGCCGGACUAUCAGGGAAACGAGAUUCUCCUCAUGAGGCCGCUGAUGAUUCAGAGAAUUCUGCUGGAGACACGGGAGUAACUGUCCCCAAAAGAAGGCAGUCCAAGAGACGGGCGAAAUCCCAUACCAAAGGAAGGGAUUUACGAGUCAGAUCAGAUCAAGUUGGUUCUGGAAAGAGUUCUAUUGAUGAUAAUUCAGAAUGGGCUUCAAAAGAACUUUUGGAGUUUGUUAUGCACAUGAGAAAUGGAGACGGAUCAAUUCUAUCUCAAUAUGAUGUACAAGCCCUACUGCUGGACUAUAUUAAAAGUAACAAACUCCGUGAUCCCAAGCGCAAAAGUCAAAUACUUUGUGAUCAAAGGCUUCAAAAUCUGUUUGGAAAACCGCGUGUUGGGCAUUUUGAGAUGUUAAAGCUUCUUGAAUCUCAUUAUUUUAUAAAAGAGGAUGCAGAUGAUCUUCGAGGUACUUUUGUUGAUACUGAUGCUAAUCAGUCGGAGGUAGAUGGGAAUUUUGAUGUUUCACAAAAGGCUGGUAGAGACAAGAGACGUAAGACACGUAAAAAGGGUGAUGAGAGAGGACUUCUGUCAAACCGGGAUGAUUAUGCAGCCAUUGACACUCACAACAUUACCUUAAUCUAUUUACGUCGUAAUCUGUUGGAGGAUCUCAUUGAAGAUGCUGAAACAUUUCAUGACAAAGUUGUUGGUGCAUUUGUGAGAAUUAGAAUUACCAGCAGCAAUCCUGGCAGUAAUCAAAAGCAAGAUCUAUACAGACUCGUCCCUGUUGUUGGUACAAGUAAAGCCGCCGAGCAAUAUAAAGUUGGGAAGAGGAUGACUGAUUUUCUUUUGGAAAUAUUGAAUUUGGACAAGACAGAGGUUAUAACAAUUGAUAUAAUCUCUAACCAAGAGUUCACUGAGGAUGAAUGCAAGCGCUUAAGGCAGAGCAUCAAAUGUGGGCUUCUCAACCGAUUGACUGUGGGUGAUAUACAGGAAAAAGCCAUGGCACUGCAGACAGUGAGAGUCAAAGAUUGGUUGGAGUCAGAGACAGUUCGACUCAGUCAUCUUCGCGAUCGAGCAAGUGACAUGGGCCGCAGAAAAGAGCUCAGAGAAUGUGUAGAAAAACUGCAGCUGUUAAAGACGCCUGAAGAGCGCCAGCGCAGGCUCGAGGAGAUUCCUGAGAUACAUGUAGACCCAAAGAUGGAUCCUUCACACGAGUCCGAAGAAGAUGAAGCCGAAGCAGAUGAUAAACGACAGGAAAACUAUGUUGGAGGGGCAAGAGGUACUACUAGCUUCAGAGGGAGGGAGCCAAUCUCUCCCCAGAAAGGCGGGUCCACUUCAUAUGAUUCCUGGAGCAGUGGCACUAGGACCACUCCAAUGACUCCGAGCCGAGAGUUGAGUAGGAACCUCUCUAGCAGAGGCUUCCCUGCUAGAGGAGAUGACUAUCGUGCAGAGGCUGUGAAUGGGAGCUCUUCGUGGAGUCAGGUGAAAGAACGAGAGACUUCGUAUCACCUGAGCAGUCGGAGUAACAUGAACAUGCAUGUCUCUUCUUCUGCACCCGAGGUUGGUGCUAGUCGGAUCACAAGCAGCGCUGCUGUUCCUGAGAGUCAAUCUGUUGGGGCCUCACAGUCUGCUCCUAAGAUCAACGAGACCGAGAAGAUCUGGCAUUACCAGGAUCCAGCAGGGAAGAUCCAUGGGCCAUUUUCGAUGGUGCAGCUCCGCAAGUGGAACAACACGGGUUACUUCCCUGUUGAUUUAAGGAUCUGGAAGACAACCGAGGGGCAGGAAGAGUCAAUACUCUUAACAGAUGCACUGAAUGGGAAGUUCCACAGAGAUCCGCCCUCUCGGUCUAACUCGGAACAGAAUCGGGGCACUUUGGUGGGGAGAGCUUCAGUUGAGAUUCCGAGACAUUUGGGCGGUGAAUGGGGUUCUUCUGGUUUUGGCACGAACCUUCCCUCACCUACACCGGGCCAAGCUACUACUACCCUGACGAAGAGUGUGAAUAUGUUCUCGUCGGGCAAUGGAGGGGCGCAGGCUCCCACCUUGGCUUCUAGUGCUUUGAACAGCUUAAGCCAGGUUGUUCAGAAGCCCGAAAUGGGUAUGCUUUUGGGAUCUUCCAUUAGCGCUCCUUCUCAAAUGCACUUACAAGCGACAGUUCCAGGAGGAGAUUCUUACUCGAACCAAGUUGUGGGCCUUCAUAAUUUGGUUCAGGCUGUUGUGAGGAAUCAAAAUCAGAAUCCUAUUCAGGCCGAAGCAGUAGCGCCAUCAUCAGCACAUAAGUCAGAGCCCGUAAACAUGCCCUCACAGACUCAAGUGCAGGGCCCGUGGACAACCAAUAGUGGGGCAGUGCCUUCUAUCCCAAGCUUUGCUUCGCAUGGCUCCUCUAGUGUUCCCCUCCCUAACAUGAACUGGCCUGUUGGUAAUAACAGUAAUAUUAGCAACAAUGCCACCAACAACUACAAUGCGACGACUCAGAACAUGGGUUGGACUCCUAUGCCAGGCAAUGCUGGUUGGACUGCUGCCCCCGUCCCUGGAAAUACCACCAUGAAUUGGGGGGCCCAAACUCAAGGGGCGCCUUCAGGGAACCCUUCCUGGCUGACCCAGGGGCAGGUUCAGGCUCCAGGAAACCCCACUCAGAUGGGGUGGGCCUCAACUGGGAACCCUAACCCAGGUUUCACUGCACCAGGGCAAGGGCCUGCACCUGCAGGUUCUAACUCUACCAACUGGGCUUCAUCCGGGAAUCAGAAUGGAGAUGGCUACCAGAGGAAUAGAGCAUGGAGUAGGCAGUCUUCGUUUGGUAGUGGAGGCGGAAGCGGAGGUGGAGGUGGAGGUGGAGGGUCUUCGAGGAUGGGUGGGUGGUGCCGGUUCUUCCGAGAGAAUGGGCACUGCAAAAAGGGAGCGUCGUGCAAUUACAGGCAUACAUAGGAGUUCUAGCAGUUCCUUUUUUUGGUUUUCUGAAUUUGGUAGCAGGGCUAAAUUAGUUUUAGUUUAGCAUAUCAGUCUCAGAGGGGAGAGGGAAAUAAUAAUAAUUUGACAAUGUUAGUUUAGUUAUGUACAGUUAAUCAAAUGUUUGUUCGAAGAUAGGCUCUCAUCAUUAUCUGAUGAUUAUGUGAAUCUUUUUAUAUGUACAUGUGGUAGCAGUGGUCCAUUCGUCUAUGCGACCACCUGAAUAAUGGUUAGCAUUGAUCUUUCCCGAUAUGAUGGUACAAAGUCGAAAGUGAGAUUGUAGGGGCUCAAUCUCCGACUGAAUUUAGUAAUCUGAAUGUCAUUUGAUA